UCUCUCCUCAUGCAUGUGAAGCCUUUAAGAGCUCUGUCGGCGAGGCCAUCACAGACUUCUUCUCUCUCUUUUUCCUCAACAUUUAUCACUCUCUCACUCUCUCUCUCUCUCUUCUGUUAUAUAUAUAUAUAUAGCCGUUUGAAGAUACUUCAGUGAUUCAUCAAGGUAGAAGCCUUGAGCUUCUUCUACGUUUCUCUUCUUUUAUCUGUCAGGUUUGGCUCCGAUAUGGGGCCUCAAAGGCACCGGAGCCGAAGCCUGCUCUUAGGCUUCUUUGCUCUUCUUCUUUCCCCCACCUUCUGCCUUUCUUUAACUACUGAGAGUUCUGCUGUUAUUGGCUCUGUGGAGUGUCUUGACUGUGCUACAAAGAGCUUGAACACAGAAGAAAUUUAUAAAGGUCUGAAAGUAACAAUCAAAUGCAAAACAAGCAACCCCAAUGAAUACAAAACCAAAGCCACAUCAAACCUCAACAAAGAUGGCACCUUCCACAUUCAUCUCCCCACACAUCUUCGUGUCGUCGGCGACUGCACCGCUCAGCUUCAUGACUCAUCAAAUAAACCAUGUAGCCAUGGCGACGCUGAUGAGCCCUCGAAGCUUAUCGACAAUGGUGAUGGCACCUCUGUUGUUGCCGCCGGCAAGCUUCGAUUCUCGUCGGCAACGUGCUCGUCAAAGCUGUUUUGGCCCCUGCCUCCACUACCCACAUGGCACCCCAUACACAAAUAUUUCCCUUGGCAUAAGCCAAUCCUAUCUUUUCCUCCAUUACCGCCUAAACCGCCGAUCUACAAGCCACCUAUAGUCAUACCGCCAAUCUACAAGCCACCUAUAGUCAUACCGCCAAUCUACAAGCCACCUAUAGUCAUACCACCAAUCCACAAGCCACCAAUCUAUAAGCCGCCAAUCUACAAGCCACCUAUAGUCAUACCACCAAUCCACAAGCCACCAAUCUAUAAGCCGCCGAUCUACAAACCACCAAUCAUCAAGCCACCUCCUAUUGUCAUACCACCAAUAGUGAAGCCGCCAAUCAUCAAACCACCACCUAUUGUCAAGCCCCCGAUUUACAAGCCACCAAUCAUCAAACCACCACCAAUCGUCAAGCCCCCAAUUUACAAGCCACCAAUCAUCAAACCACCACCUAUCGUCAAGCCCCCAAUCUACAAGCCACCGAUCAUCAAACCACCACCUAUCAUCAAGCCACCAAUUGUCAAGCCACCGAUCAUCAAGCCGCCACCUAUUGUCAAGCCACCAAUCUAUAAGCCACCUCCAAUUGUUAAGCCACCAAUCAUCAAGCCACCUCCAAUUGUUAAGCCUCCUAUCAUCAAGCCACCAAUAGUGAUACCGCCCAUUGUCAAGCCACCUAUUGUCAAGCCACCGCCAAUAGUGAUACCGCCCAUUGUCAAGCCACCUAUUGUUAAGCCACCAAUAGUGAUACCGCCCAUUGUCAAGCCACCAAUCUACAAGCCACCACCAAUAGUGAUACCGCCCAUUGUCAAGCCACCUAUUGUCAAGCCACCGCCAAUAGUUAUACCGCCAAUAUACAAACCACCCAUUGUCAAGCCACCUCCGAUAGUAAUACCACCAAUCUACAAACCACCCAUUGUCAAGCCGCCUCCGAUAGUAAUACCACCAAUCUACAAACCCCCCUUUGUCAAGCCACCGAUAGUAAUACCGCCAAUCUAUAAGCCGCCAAUUUACACAAAGCCAUUUCCCCCGCAUCCGAAGUUCCCCCCAAUUUACAAGAAACCUUUGCCUCCAUGGCCAAAGUUUCCUCCCAUCUACAAGAAGCCAUUGCCUCCAUUUCCAGUGUUUCCACCUACUUAUAAGAAGCCAUGGCCUCCUCUACCGAAAUUCCCACCUCACCAUGGCUGGCCUCCACUUCCUCCUUUCUUUCCUCCUGCAAAAGUGAAUUCUAAACGUUGAAGCUCCUGAUCAUGAAAGCUCAUCUUCUUAUUUGUUAUUAUUGAUUUCCAAUAAAAUAAGCUUUAGCUUUGGGAGGAUUGUGUUUGCUAAGAGUCGAAGAGGAGUGCGUAUUAGCAACUAUUGUGUGCUUGAAUAUUUUAUGCUAUGAUUUCUCUCUCUCUCUCUCUCAUGUAUAUUGUAUUACUUGAUGAAAAUUAUAGUAAUGCGAAGGUAUCUUUUAAAUCUUGUAAUA